GGCUACAGAGAUAAUGUACUGGUGUUAUGUGUCACCGGAACAAGACUGGCCUUCCUUGGAAAAAAAACUCCAACUGUGUGUUUCAAUUAACUUUAAAUGUGUAAUUCAACCUGCUCCUUAUUUCCUCCAGCACGUUUUGGAAAAGUUGUAUUUAAAUCAGCAUAUUAUUCAGCGUCUGCUGACAUUGAAGGGAUUGAAUUACCAAUGCCCACUGAUGGAAACCAAGUAAUGUUUAGUGAAUUGAAGGUAAAUCGAUUACUUGGGUGUGAUAUAACACCUUUAAUCAUAAUUUCAGAAAGGAAACAUAUAUUUGUGGAAGAUGUCUCGCUUGCGAGAUGAAAAAGUCGAUUAAACUUUUAGAAGCUGUGAAUAAUUAUUUCUACUGGCAGGAAUGAGGAGUUGUGUCAGUAUGGGAUUAAAAACAAUAAAGAAGAAUUUCAAAGAAAGAUGAAAACCCUGGAGAUGGAGAGCAGUGUUGAGGAGUAUGCGGAAGGUGGCAGUGAGAUCCACACUGUACAAAGAAAAGCCACUUAUUGGACAAAUUACAAAAACAGGACGUGCUGACAUACAAAUUGACUGGUACAUAGGGACUUAC